AUGAAUAAAGGAUCAAGGACUUACGCAGCGCCCGUACCGAAGAUGCCGCCAGGGCUCAUAGAACUUAUGGAAGGUUUAAGCAAAGAUGUAUUGAAACAUAAUCCGUCUAACGUCUAUGAAUUUUGUGCGAAUCAUAUGAAGAAAUUGUUGCAGAUACGAGAUAAUAAAAAAAAUAACACAUUAAAUCUGCAAAGAAGGAUAGCAAAAGCUCAAGAAAUCAUAAGGCAAAGAGCUAAGCAACGAUGUGAAAAUAACAUAGAUUUACAAAGUGAAAAGCAUAAAACGUUCUCAGAUCAUGAUGGUAACAUAUUAGAACAAACAUUAACGAGUGAUGAAAAUUUAGUACCUGCUACCGAACAGUCAGACAAUGUAGUGUCAGAGCUUAGAAUUCAGGGCGAUUUGAAUAUCUCACAAGACGUUGAUAAUAAGGAGACUGAUUUUUAUAUGGAGAGAGAUCCCGAAAAUUUGGAAAAUAAGGAGAAUACAGAGCACAAAAGUACUGAUGACCUAGAAAAUAAUUCAUAUAUAAACAACGUGGAGCUUGAUUUUGAAAGUAAACAGCAAGAAGAAUUACACACAAAUGAAAUGCAACAGGGUUCUGAAGAUGCAAACUGCACCAAUGACGAAGAAACUUCUAUCUUGGUUUCGGACACCAGCCCGACAGAGACCCGUCUGAUCAAUGAAGACGUAGGAAAUAUUAUUCCAGAUCUUGAAGCAUCAUCUUUGGAAGUGCCAAAUCUUAAGCAGCAACAAAUUGAUGCAAAUAGUACCUUAGUAUUGCCCGAAAUUUUUACUGAUAGUUCGGAAGAAAUUAAAGAAUGCAAAAAGGAAGACGAUCACGUAAAAGAUAAAGUUUCAAUCACAUUUAAUGAGGCUGAUAAGAAAAAUGACGAUUUUAACGACGUUAAUAUUAAAAAGGCUGUAGUUCAACAUAACGUUAUGGAUUUAGAAACGGCAGCAAUAACAAUACAAAAAGUUUUCAGGUCAUUCCUUUUCAGGACUAAAACAGCAAGUGUAGAUGAUGCUACAAAUGUCGAUAUAAAUCUGUUUAUUAACGAUGACAAUGGCAUUCUGCACAACAAUACUCACAAUAAAGAAAGAAGGGGAAUAAGCAGGAUGGACACUGUACUACAAACAGUUAAUGAGGAAAAGUCAUUGUCAUUAUCAACAGACGAUUCUUCUACUUUAUCUAGUGCUGCAACGGUUAUUCAGGCUCACAUUAGGGGGUUUCUUGUCAGAAACAAAUUAAAUCCUUAUAAAUCUCCAUCUACAUCUCUUAUUGAUACCAAGGGUCUAUCUGUUGCAUCUUUUGAGGAUGAUAUUGAUCAGCAAAAAGGCAAAACAGUGUUGAAUAUACAUAUAGUGCCCGAAAGGGGUGGUUUUGAUAGCAAAGAUGAGAGUUUACUGAAUUCCAUGGAUUUAUCGAUGGACGGCAGUCCAACUUCCAUGUCUUUACAUCCACAUAGUUAUGAUAUAAGCGAACGUAGAAAAAAAUUAAAGCGUGAAGAUGCCUUUCAAUCGGUAUCACCGCCUAGUAAUAACAGCAGCAGUAGGGUGAGUGAAGACAUUGACUCCGUUAAAGAAAUUUUAGUGAACGGUAAUUCUAAAGACAUGUCCUACAACGAUGUAAAUAGUGGCUCGGUCGAUAAUGCGGGAAAAACAGAUUUGGAAGAUAACAAAAUUAAAACAGCUGUUGAAAAUGAGGAUUAUUCGCCACCAACAUCUAGAGAGAAACAAGAUAUGUCUGAUGAGAAGGAUGUCGUAACCCCGUUCUCUGAUAUUGAGAAGAGAUCUUUUGAAUCAAAUAGUGAAACAUUGACUCACUCCGGUGAGUUUCAUGAAGUUGUUCUGCCCACUAAAGUGUCCCGAAGCGACACUUCUAUCGUCCGUGAGUUUCAUGACGUUUUGGCAUAUCUAUUACUGUGGAAUUACUCAUAA